CUGUGCAGCAUGGACGACCUUGCUGAGGGAGGCCUCAGCUUGGCAGAUGAUGUCUUACUGGAGGAUUACCCUUACGAGGAGGACUGUGUCUGUGUUCCUGACUUUACCACAGACGACUAUGUCCGAGUGACCCAGCUCUACUAUGACGGCGUGGGUAUGCAAUAUAAAGAUUAUGCCCAAAGUGAGAAAAAUUUAGAAUAUGACAUCUGCAAUAUAUGGUGCAGUAAGCCACUCUCCAUCCUGCAAGAGUACUGUGACACCAUUAAGCUGUACAUCUUCUGGCCACUUCUCUUCCGACAUCAACACAGUUCUGUCAUAUCAAGAUUGCAUCCCUGUGUAGAAGCCACCCGUUCUCGAGCUGCUGAGAUAAGUUUGAAGAAAUUACAACAUCUUGAGUUGAUGGAGGACAUUGUGGAUUUGGCAAAGAAAGUUGCAAAUGAUUCAUUCCUUAUUGAAGGCUUAUUGAGAAUUGGUUUUAAAAUAGAAAAUAAAAUCUUGGCAAUGGAAGAAGCUUUAAAUUGGAUAAAAUACACAGGCGAUGUAACAAUUCUACCUAAAUUAGGAUCAGUUGACAGUUGCUGGCCCAUGCUAAGUAUUUUCUUUACCGAGUAUAAGUACCAUAUUACUAAAGUUGUAACUGAAAAUUGCAACUUGCUUGAAGAAUUUAGAAGACACAGUUGUAUGCAGUGCGUAAAGCAAGGAGAACUAAUGAAAAUGAGAGGAAAUGAAGAGUUUUCCAAACAAAGAUUUGAAAUAGCUGUCAUCUAUUACACCAGAGCCAUUGAGUAUAGACCUGAGAACCAUCUUCUUUAUGGUAACCGAGCUCUCUGUUUUCUUCGUAUGGGACAGUUUAGAAAUGCGCUCAGUGACGGGAAGAGAGCCAUUGUUUUGAAGAACACCUGGCCAAAGGGUCAUUAUCGUUAUUGUGAUGCUCUUUCUAUGCUGGGGGAACAUGACUGGGCCCUGCAAGCAAACAUAAAAGCUCAAAAACUCUGUAAAAAUGACCCUGAGGGAAUCAAGGAUCUAAUUCAGCAGCAUGUAAAGUUACAAAAACAAAUAGAAGAUCUACAAGGUCGGACAUCAAAUAAGAAUCCAAUUAAAGCUUUUUAUGAAAGCAGGGCGUACACACCUAGACAUUCAUCAGCACCUGCCUUUAGAACAUCCCUUAACUUUGUGGAAACAGAAAGAGGUUUCAGGAAAACUAAGUACAGAAUGGCAAGUGGUGGCAAUCAGAAUCUGAAGGUGGCAGAUGGGGCUCUGAAGGGAGACGAUUGUGACUGUCAUCCUGAGUUUCUGCCACCUCCAAGUCAGCCUCCAAAACAUAAAGGAAAACAAAAAUCACGAAACAGUGAAUCAGAGAAGCCCAGUUCCAAUUCACAAGCAAAUUUACCAGUAGAUUUGAAAAACAUUUUGGAGAAACAGUUUUCAAAAUCUUCCAGAGCUGUGCACCAGGAUUUCGCUAACAUCAUGAAGAUGCUAAGGAGCUUGAUUCAGGAUGGGUACACAGCCUUGUUGGAGCAGCGCUGCCGCAGCGCUGCCCAGGCCUUCACGGAGCUGCUCAAUGGCCUGGAUCCUCAGAAGAUAAAGCAAUUGAACCUGGCUAUGAUUAACUAUGUACUAGUAGUCUAUGGACUGGCUAUUUCUCUCCUUGGAAUAGGACGGCCUGAGGAGCUUUCUGAAGCUGAGAACCAGUUUAAAAGGAUCAUCGAACACUAUCCCAAUGAGGGGCUUGACUGCUUGGCCUACUGUGGAAUAGGAAAGGUGUACUUGAAAAAAAACAGAUUUCUUGAAGCUCUUAAUCACUUUGAAAAAGCAAAGACUUUAAUUUAUCGUCUCCCCGGAAUUCUAACUUGGCCCACAAGUAAUGUGAUUAUUGAAGAAUCUAAGCCAGAAAAAAUCAAGGUGAUGCUGGAGAAGUUUGUCGAAGAAUGCAGGUUCCCCCCAGUGCCGGAUGCUGUUUGCUGCUAUCAGAAGUGCCGUGGAUACUCCAAAAUUCAGAUAUACCUAACUGACCCAGACUUUAAGGGUUUUAUACGGAUUAGCUGUUGCCAAUACUGUAAAGUAGAAUUUCACAUGAACUGCUGGAAAAAGUUAAAAACAACAACUUUUAAUGAUAAAAUUGACAAGGAUUUUCUGCAAGGACUCUGUCUCACACCUGACUGUGAGGGAAUCAUUUCUAAGAUCAUCAUCUUCAGCAGUGGUGGGCAGGUCAAAUGUGAGUUUGAACACAAGGUCAUAAAAGAAAAGGUUCCUUCAAGACCUGUUCUGAAACAGAAAUGUUCCAGCCUAGAGAAAUUGAGACUGAAAGAAGACAAAAAAUUGAAGAGAAAGAUCCAAAGACAAGAGGCAAAAAAAUUAGCACAAGAAAGAAUGGAAGAGGAUUUAAAAGAAAGUAAUCUACCCAAAAACAAAGAGCCUGAAGAAACUGUAGACAGUGCUCAGAGUUGUCAGUUUCUUGACGACAGAAUCCUGCAGUGCAUAAAGCAGAACGCUGACAAGAUAAAAUCUGGGAUAUUGAACACGUCCACACUUCUCAAAGAGCUGCUUUCCUGGAAGGUUCUGAGCACAGAAGACUACACAGCGUGUUUCUCUAGCAAGAACUUUCUCCGUGAGGCUGUGGACUAUGUUAUCCAGCACUUGGUUCAAGAAAAAAGCCGAGUAAAGACACGGAUAUUUCUGCAUGUGCUGAGCGAACUUAAAGAGGUAGACCCCAAAUUGGCUCCCUGGAUCCAGAGACUCAAUAGUUUUGGCUUAGACGCCACGGGACCCUUCUUCACUCGGUAUGGAGCCUCUCUCAAGGAGCUUGAUUUAGGCGCCCUGACUUCCCUCUGGGAUGAACAGUUCGGCCACAGACUGGGCUCUAUAGAAGGGAAGCAGCUGGAUUACUUCUGUGAGCCGGCGGCGGCGAUGGAGGCCCGCUGUCUGAUAUGGCUGUUGGAGGAGCACAGGGACACGUUCCCCGCCCUGCACAGCGCCUUAGACGAGUUCUUUGAUAUAAUGGAUAGCCGCUGCACCAUACUACGGAAACAAGAUAGUGAUGAGAUGCCAGUUGGUUGUAUCAAGGUGAAAAACAAAGGCAAAAAAAAGAAGCCAAAAGAUUCAAAGCCGAUGUUAGUGGGAUCCGGAACAGCAUCAGUAGCAGCAAGUAGUGAGACUGUCACUCCAGAAGACCCUAACAGGCGCAAUUCAGAUUCCGCGGCCCCGUUUGCAGUGCCUGAGCACCUUCGGCAAGAUGUGGAGGAGUUUGAGGCGCUCUUUGACCAGCACAGCAGCGAGUAUGUUGUCCGCAAUAAGAAGCUGUGGGAUAUUAACCCCAAACAGAAAUGCUCAACUCUGUACGACUACUUUUCUCAGCUGUUGGAGGAGCAUGGCCCCCUGGAUAUGAGCGACAGGAUGUUCUCUGAGGAGCACGAGUUUUUCCCUGAAGAGACUCGGCAGAUCCUGGAGCAGGCGGGAGGGCUGAGGUCGUUCCUCCUGGCCUGUCCUCGCUUCGUUGUCAUUGACAACUGCAUCGCACUGAAAAAGGUCGCCUCGCGACUCAAGAAAAAAAGGAAGAAGAAAAACAUUAAAACUAAAGUUGAAGAAAUGUCGAAAACAGGAGAAUAUUUACACGUUAAACUACCACUAAACCCGAGUGCUAGGGAAUUUAAACCAGACGUAAAGUCUGCAGCGGUGUCUGAGGACGCGCAGUCCAUGCCAGGACCUGCCGAGGACUCUCCAAAACCAGCUGCCGAGGACCUGAAGCCACAGCUGGACUCUGACAGCUCCUCCGGGUCAGCUUCGGAGGACAGCAGGCUGGAAGUGGUCUCUCCUGACUGUCCUAUACCACUCUGUGAGGACGCACACCGCGGGCCAGCUGCUCCUUCCCCCACACCCGCGCCUGAAGAUGCCAAACCAACAUACUGGACUCAGUCACACGUGGUCACAGGAUUCUGCACUUACCUUCCUUUUCAAGGAUUUGACAUCACCCAGCCUCGGCCAGCGUACAUUAACAUGGUGCCAAGCCUGUCCCAGUUCACUGGCAUUUACACACCUUUGGCCAGCAUUUCCUCUGAGUACUCCAUGCAGAGAUCCAUGCCAGUGAUGCCACCUUUUGUAGCCAGCGACAGAGCAGAUAAAAGUGCGGCUGCAUAUUUUGAAGGUCACAAUCUGAACACUGAGAGUGACCCUGGUAAGCAGAUUGCCUCUGAAACACAGAGCCUUGAGAGUUGUCUGGAAGAGUGUGUAAAGUCCCAGAGCAGCCCAGCUGGUGAUGACGCGGCUCUGAGUGACCCUGACAGGAACAGCAGGCAUGAUGGGAGCUCAGACAGCAAGCGGGAAGCUUCUCUAGAAAGUAUCAGUGGAGGAGCAGAUGUUCCACACGCACCAGCAGCUGCCAUACAGGUGUCCAGGAGUGUGAUCCAUCAGGAAGUUAAUACUGAGCCAUAUGAACCUUUUGAAGUCCAGCAGGGAGACCUUUCCCAGAUUGAAAAGGAGUACUACUUGUUAAAAGACCAGCUUGCGGCAGCUUGUGAGAACUGUGAGGAGACAGAACGCAGGAGCUCAGAAGAGACCGGGGACCUGGAAGAAAAGCUGAAAAGGCACGCCGAAGAAAGCAAGAUUUCAAAGACGGAAUUAGACUGGUUCCUUCAAGAUUUGGACAGAGAAAUUAAAAAAUGGCAGCAAGAGAAAAAAGAAAUCCAAGAAAGAUUAAAAGCCCUGAAGAAAAAAAUUAAAAAGGUUAUAAACACCAGCGAAAUGUCUGCCCAGAACAGCGACGGGUUAGAUAAGGAACGCGAACCCCACGUGGACCAGUCCCUCGGAGUCAGCAGGGCGCUCACAAGUGAGAAGGUGAAAGUGGAAGAGCGCAUCAAGAAAGGGAAGGAGCGCUUCGAAGAGAGUCACCAGAGAGCUGUGGCUGCGGAGGUGUCUGUGCUUAAGAACUGGAAGGAGCGAGACAUCCAUAAGCUGCAGGGCGUGGCCUCCCAAGCAGAAGCCUGUCUCAGAAACCUCCAGCAGAUGAGCAGUGACUCUGCAGCGUAUCCUGACGUGGAGGGUGAUGCACGCUCAUGGGAAUCAUUUCUCUCUAAUGUAAGAGAUGAAAUUGAGAACACAAAGUCUCAGUUUGAAGACCAAAUUAAGGCCAUUAAAAACGGUUCUCGACUUAGUGAACUUUCCAAAGUGCAGAUUCCUGAGCUUUCAUUUCCUGCUUGUGUGACGACGCACCCUCAGUUCCCCUCUGAGUCUUUUGAGGACCACGGGCUGGCGGCUUGUGUAGACAGCGGCGCGGCUGGAGCAGUCCACACAGGUUCUCACACAGAGCCUGCUAGCGGCUGCCCAGAGGAGAUUCCUGAACUGUCACUAGGAUCACCAACCCAUCAGCCUGAGUCUGUGCAAGAGUUGGAGCUCAAGAGAGCUAGCCAGGUGUCUCCAUCAGAGCAAAGCCCUGAGGCUGAUGAGAAACAACCUGGACAGGCUGCGAGGUCAAGCCAGUCCCCACAAAAGCCUUCCAGCAGUGUUAUUGAGCAGCUGUCGGUGAUAUUCCCAUCUUACGCCAGCACCGAGCUUGCUGGCUUCAUUAAAAAGGUUCGAAACAAAAACAAGAACUCAGUCUCAGGAUUAAGUGUUGAGGAGAUUGUUGAGAGAGUGACAGAGCAUAUUCUAGAUGAACAGAAAAAGAGAAAGCCAAGUCCAGGAAAAGACAAGAAGACCUCUGAGGCUCACUCCGCUGCCUCUGUGGCCCAGCCCUCCCAGAGUCCACAAUUGGCAGUUGCUGGACCAUCAUCCAAAACCAAAGGCCAGAGAAAAGAUGGCGUCCCUGUACCAGAAGGAAAUUCCUGUGAGAUAUGUCAUGAGGUAUUCAAGUCAAAAAACAUGCGCGUGCUUAAAUGCGGGCACAAGUUUCACAAAGGGUGCUUUAAGCAGUGGCUUAAAGGGCAGAGCACGUGCCCCACCUGUGGCAGCGCGGACCUGCUGUCGGAAGAGUAAGCUGCUGCAGCGUCGGUGCCAGCGCAGCAGCAGACGGGCUGCCUUCCUGUUGCCGUAGGUAGCCUCUGCCUUCACUUACUUGAUGAGUAGAAGUAACAGCACUGUCCUGUUCUCAGUGUAAAACAGCAAACACUGUGCAUCACAAAGCUGACCAAUGGCAAUCUUCAGAACAGUGACAGCCUCGUGUGCUGAGCUUCUCAAAGCAGUGCUCAAACUGAGAAGAUUCUUAGCCUGGAACUGUAGGAUCCUCUUCAUCAAUCUUUAAGGUGAUAAUGAACCAGUUGAUCCACAUUUUGGAAAUCAGAUAUAAAAUUGUUUGUU